GCGCCCGCCCCACCAGAGCGCGGCGGUGGCAGCGCGGAGCCGAGCGGAGAGGAGCUUGAGAGCAGUGCGCCCCGCCGGGCCUCGACCACGCUGCGGCUGCCUCUGUCCGCCCCCACCUCCUUGUUGUUGCCUGCACACCCUCGGCACCAUGUCAGUAGAACUAGAAGAAGCAGAUUUGCCUCUGACUGAAGCGGAGGAGGUGCCUCUCGCUCCGGAGAAGAAAGCAGCCGCUAAGAAAGCGAAAGGCGGCGGCUCCUCGUUGUCGCCGUCAAAGAAGAAGAAAAAUAACAAGAAGAAAAAUCAACCGGGUAAAUAUAGCCAGUUGGUGGUGGAGACAAUCCGCAAACUGGGGGAGCGCAAUGGCUCAUCACUGGCCAAGAUCUACAACGAGGCCAAAAAGGUGGCCUGGUUCGACCAGCAGAACGGCAGGACCUACCUGAAGUACUCCAUCAAGGCGCUGGUGCAAAACGACACGCUGCUCCAGGUCAAGGGCACCGGCGCCAAUGGUUCUUUUAAGCUCAACAGGAAGAAACUGGAAGGCGGUGGCGAGGGAGGCGCGGGCAGCAGCGCCCACAAGUCCCAUAAGAAGGCCACGGCAUCCACGUCCCGGAGGGCGGAGAAGAAGCCAGUGACCAAGAGUAAGAAGCCCGAGAAGAAAUCUCACAAGAAAGGAGCCAGCGGCGCGGCGGCGAAAAAGGACAAGGGCAAAACCAAGAAGGCUACCAAGAAGGGAGCUGCGUCCCCCGGGGGCAAGAAGGUGAAGAAGUCUGCAAAGCCUAAGGCACUGAAAAGCAGGAAGGCAUGAGAGCGGGGCACAGGGAGCCCCCCGCCGCCCCCCGGACUGUGGGCCCCGCGGCAAGGACUGCUCUGAGGACGGACCCCAGGGGACCCGCUUUGUCUUUGUGUUGCUGACUCGGCUACGCAGCCGCCGCCGUACGCGGUGAGCGGGGCUGCGGCUGUCCCAGCCCCCUUCCCCUUCUCCGACGCCUUAUUUUUUUUCACCCCCAGCCUCCCCUCCCCCUUUCCCCGCAGCAUACCUCCUCCCCCCCAGUCGCGCCCUUUUGUUUUCGGCCGUUCCCCGCCCCGCGUGUAGACGGUUCCCGAUUCCCCCCCCCCCCUCCCCCGCCCCGUCUCUCCGGUGCUUUACAGAGGCUUUUUUUUUCCCGCCCGGUUUCCAUAGCAGCCAUUUUGCGGUGGCGGCGGCGCCCCCGCGGCCCCCAGCGCCACGUGGGCCGGCUCCCGCCGCCCGGGCCCGCCGCGCGCCCCCGCCCCGCCCCUCCCGCCGGGCGCCCCGUGCCUGAUCCAGGCCGUUUCAAACGCCACGGCGCCCCCUAUUGGCUCCCGCCGCCGCCAUGGCAACGGCCGGUGCAGCGCCAAUUGGCUGCCGCGGCGUCGGGCCGCGCUCGCAGCGCCCGCCCGUUGGCGGCGCCGCCCGCGGGGCCCCUCGGGCAGCCGGUUCAGGCGCCCCCGCGAUGGCCUUUGCGGUUUUUUUUAAUCGGUUUUGGGUGGGGGUUUCGUUUGGUUAAUGUUUCUUUUCGGGGAGGGUGGGGUUGGUGUUAGUUUGUUAUUUUCAUUUAUCGUCGUUUCAAAUAAAUUGUUACAAAACGUC